ACCUUGCUUUUUUAAAAAGUGGUUAGCUAGAUAUCUCUUGGAACUAAAUUUCUGGCUCAGUCUCUUACUCUCUGAUGUAGAAACAUUGAGGUCUCCUUCAGGUCACAAGAAUGCAUACCAGGUCAGAUUAACACAGAUUGACAGCUUUAAAACUGAUUCAGUGAAGUCAAGAAGAUCUAAACCUGAUAUUAUCAUAAUGCCAAAGGAAUCAGAGGAGGAAUUAUUGACAUCACAUAUGCACCAGAGCAAUGAAGAAAUUAAUGAAAUAAUGUCAAAGAUUCUGGGAGAUUUGGAACCAACAGAAGUAAUACCUAGGAAACAGUUACCUUUGAAGAAUCUUCAGGAGAUCAUUACUCAGAAAAAGCGAAAUACUUACAUAGACUCUGAUGUUUCACAGAAGAUUAGGUGGGCUUCUGAAAAAAGGAGAAGAAUACCUUUGGAAAAAAGGAGGAAAAGAUUUAUUUUAGCAAAGUCAAUACUAAGGGCCACAAGAAAUGACAGCUGGAUUUCCAGAAAAUACAAUAAAACACAAAUAUUUAUGAUAGAAAACAAACAGACCUGUAAAGGCAAAAUGCAGGAACAAGAUAGGAAUAUAAAGUUUAGAAAUCAGAAACAAACUCCUAAAUGUGUCAGAGGAUUAUAUCCCUGUACUGGAAAAGCCAAAAAACAACAAACAUUAAAAUAUACUAAAUAUAUUAAGAACAGAAAAGCUAACUGGAGAAAAAAGAACUCAACAAGUAAUGCCAAGAAGGAGCAAAUGUUAGUACUGAAGGAAAGAAGAAAAAGAGAAAUAUACAUACAGAAAAGAGUAAAGGUUUUUAAAAAUCCAGUAGUUCACGAUAACUCAUCCAACUAUUUGACAGUUUAUGUUACGCCAGUUACUGUUCAGAGUAAAUUAUCAAAAAGACUAAGGAGAAACCUAAUUGGUUUUAGAAGAAAUACAAGAGAAAGAUCUUUGAAUAAUUUCUUGCAGAAAUUUGGUGAUUUUCUUAAAUACCUUGCAAGACACAGAACAGUUGGUAAUGAAAAAGUUACAGGAAUUGAUAUUAGUCUUAAAAUAAAAAAAUCCCCAAAUAAGUCUCAUGUUUCCAUAGGAACACAAAAACCAAACUUGAAAAUUCUAAUAUUAUCAAAAAGUACUGCUCAGCCUCCAGGAAUACUGUCCUUCCCAAAACAUAUGGGAAGAGCAGAAAAGAAAAGAAAGAUGUCACACAUGAACUCUUGGAAAACUCCUCAUUCUGUUUCUUUAAAAAAAACAAAACAUAAUUCUUAGCAUAAAUUCAGACUCAAUACAGUUAGAGCAAAUGAACAGAAUAGUGUUUUAAAAACCAAAGGGAACAAAGAAACGGUAAAGCAGAUAAAGAAAAUAGAAAAGGGAAUGGCAGAAAGAUCUAGAGGCACAAAAUUAUAGCUUUUAUUCGAAGGUUUAAAAGAUAAACAGAUGAAAAAAAUCAGUUUAUAAAAUUCACCACAAAAUAGUAAAUGUAGGAUUGAUUACUAGAAAAUCCCCAUUCACAGCAAAUUUGGAAGUACCAUAAUGAUGUCAACUCAUUUUAAGAGACAGAAGACAAGUAAUUGGCACAGAAAGGAAGCAAACACUGCUAGCCUAGUUACUCAUUUGAAGCUGUCAGAAACAGUAAAACACAUACCAAACAAUCCUAACAGCAGAUCAAAACAAAUGCAACUUGGCCACAUGCAUGAACUGCUAAGAGAAUUAAAGAUAUUCAUUAGUAUUUUACUACAGCAGAUGCUGAAGCAGGCACAGGAAAAUGUUAAACAUUUGACCAAAACUUCUGCCAAAACCCCCUCAGAAACUCCUUAACAUGCCUCAAUUUAAAAAAUUCCUGUGAAACACUGACUAAAAUCUAAAAGUGUUGAGGUGAAAUAAAUUCUCAUAUUGCAAAUUGGGAGGAAAAAAGCAAAGUUAAGCUCUAUAAAAAUAUCUUCAUCUCAAUUUCAGUCUCUAGGGUAGAAGGAAAAGAAACUGAAAAAGAAGUGGAUUUGAACUUUUUCUUUUCCUAGAAAAAAUCAUUAAUUUGUUUAAUAAAAAUUCUUCAAGCUAAUGUUAUUCAGCCAAAGUGAAUUCAAGUAUUUUACCACCAAAAUAAAAUAUUAGAAGUUUGUUAGUAUUUAAUGGUACUUUAUUGAAAUAUGACUUUGUUUAGCUAGACUUUUAAGUUCAUAUUCAAAUAUAUUGAUUCUCUGUGUUCAUUCACAUGAGUGUGUUAUAUCAAGCAUAUACAGUAGCUGAAGUUACUUUGGAUAAACAGUAAGCAAGUCCAUUAAAAUAACAUCGCAUAAGUGCAGACUCUAAAAGGGUUGAUUGCCCUUUGGGCUCUAUUCCAAUAUUUUCACUUGCAUAUCCUUGACUUUCUUUUUGUCUUUGUAACUUCUACACAGUUCAGUGGGCCAAAUUCUGGCACUGCAAAAUAGCCAGCCUCCAGAAAACCCACAGCCAGCAAUAGGAGCACAGGGCAGAAGUUGGCUGUACUUAUUCUAGUCUCUUACAGUCACAAUCAGAAAGUGGUUUCCCCACAGACUUUCCAUGACUAGAGCUGCAGAAGGGGCUUUAUAUAUGAUGUGAUCUAAUAGUCAGGGGAUAUGAUUGAGAUGUCUAUCCAUGUAUGCUCACUGAUGUGGUCAUGCCUUCCACUCAUAGCCCCUCUGCAAAUUAUUCCCAUCUUGUCUAGAAAUAGACUGUCAGAAGGAACUGUAUCUGGGGUUGAUUUUGGCUGGAAUACACCUUUACAUUAAUGCUAAACUUCAAGGGACAAUAAGUGAAAUAAUUACUCUUAAUAUUAACAUAGUGAAAUAAUUAAUACUAUAUUAAGUCAAAGUACACAAUCACAUGCACAAUGUUAAUUCUUGAAAUCAAGAGGGUCAGUUAGUCCUCAGCAGAUGGGCCACUUUAAAAAAUGAUGGGUCAUACGCUGAAUAUUCAUUCAAAUUUUCUUCCAAAGAUAGUGUUGAAUGGAAUUCAGCUUUAACGAAUCAUCUUACCAACAUGCUGAGAACUUGCUAUCAUGGAGCAGCUACUAGUCUUUGUUGAAAACACUAUCAAAUGUAAUAUAGUCUUUUAACACUAACCUAUCAGGCCAGUCUGAGUUGUAAAGAUCUGUGCUGGAAUUCCUUUCUCUGGGUUUUCCCCCAUUUUUUUCUUCCUUUUUUAAAAUUCUGCUUUAGAGGAUAAAACUAUAGCAUAUAUAAAAAGAGAUGUAUUGUAACUAACCUUAGACUAGUUUCAGACUUGGAGCUUUCAUAGUUAGCUAAUUAGAAUUAAUUGCAUCUUUUAGUGCAUAUGUCAUACACUCUACGGGACACUCUAUACUACUGAUAUAAACUGUGUUGAAGGUCAGGGCCGAACCAUGAUGUGGCUCUGAGGCAGUAAUCUCCAUGAAGAUCCCCUUGUAGGGUAUCACCACUAUCUGUGUGGAGGGGCUGGGGAGACUAUGGACUCAGUGCACAAAUCUAGUGGUUCCCAGAGAAUCCGUGAUAGGCCCUGAUCAUCCGUUCAGAGGCCCAAUGCCUAUGAGCCCGUACUCUCAGCAGCUUCCUUCAUAGUUUGGCUUUAUUGGGGCCUCUCUACUACAGACCCACACUGGCCACAGUUUCCUCUUGAAAUUCCAUUGGAGCUUCACUGGGUGCAGAAUAUUUGUGGGUAAAAUAUUUGUGUCCUGCUUCUGGCCUGUCUACCCUGCCCUGUAUUUUCUUUAGCAGUGUUAAAAUAGAUAUUCUUUAUUUUGUACAAACUUUUAUAUUUCCCUUGUGUAUUUCAGUGUACCUUUUAUCUUGUGCGUUCCUUGUAAAAUAAUUGUUUAUAUCUUAUAUUGUAUUUUCUACUGUACAUUUAUAUAAAAAUGUCUUUCAUUA